GCGGAAACAGUUUACAAUGUAAAGCUUCGCAUUUCCGUACGUCAAGCGCGAAGCAACAAGGCCACGUUGUGUUGCCGAUAACACUUAAAAAAUACGUCUUAGUGUUGCCAGAACUAUCGCGCGGCAAGUUUUCGACAUCUUACCGAGGCUUCAACGUCAUCCUUCUCGCAGGCCGCAGCAGACUGAGCUUUAAACGCUUCAUUUCAGCCUUUUAGCAGAUUCAUGUCAUCGAGAUAAAUUAGCAGGAUUUUCAGCAGCAGCGUCUUCCUGUUGACUUUGGGACCGCGCUUCGGAUUCGUAAUCUUCUCCUUGUGCCGACGAUGGUUUUGUUGAAGAACCUCCGUCCUCCCACCGAGGGAGUGAAGCUCCAGCAAGCCGACACCACUGCAGUCAUGGACGGCAACAAGUUGGGCUGUGGGACGCUCUACGUCGCUGAAACACGUCUGUCGUGGUUUGACGGCGCCGGGCUGGGCUUCUGUCUGGAAUACCCCACCAUCGGCCUGCACGCCAUCUCCAGAGACGUCAGCGCGUACCCUCAGGAGCAUCUCUACGUCAUGGUCAACGGGAAGCUCAGUGAGGAGAACGAGGCAGAGAUGGCGGACAAGGCGGCCGAGGAGGAGGAAGACGACGGCGGCAGCAGUGAUGGUGGCGAUGACGAAGAGGGAGCCAUCACUGAGAUCCGAUUUGUGCCCGGUGACAAGGCUGCAUUGGACUCCAUGUUUGCUGCCAUGUGCGAAUGCCAGGCGCUGCAUCCUGACCCAGAAGACGACGACUCCGAUAACGACUUUGAAGGCGAAGAGUACGAUGUGGAGGAGGCCGGUCAGACAUAACACACACACACACACACACACACACACACACACGCACACACACAAAAAUGCGAUAAAGUAACAUUUGACGUGGGUGAUUUCUCUUGUCCAUCUCUCGCCGCCACUGGACUCGCCACAGAGGCUGAGCACGGCCACGCCGACAUCCCCACCUUCUACACGUGCGACGAGGGUCUGUCGGCGCUGACGCAGGAGGGCCACGCCACGCUGGAGAGGCUGGAGGGCAUGUUGGCACAGAGCGUGGCGCAGCAGUAUCACAUGGCCGGCGUGAGGACGGAGCUGAGCAACGCGGAGUUCGAAGACGGGAUGGAGGUGGACGCCGACACUGCGGAGGCGGGUCAGUUUGAGGACGCCGACGUGGACCACUGAUGGACGCCCAAUUGCAUCAUGGGAGCUGCACUUCUUCAAGGCACUUCCUGUUGUCGCUGUCAAUCAUCUCAGUAGUCAAUGUAGUGCACGUCGUCGUUUGAAUCCAUCUGACCACCAAACUAACAUGUCACAUCCUUUCUAGUAGUAAUUGUCAAUAAAAUAAUAGUUUUUCUA